AUGAACAAAUACUACAUAGAUAGUGGGGAAAAGCAAUUUUAGUAAUCCAAUCGGGAGGUUUUGAAACAAUUAGAUGUCACAAACAGGUCAGAGGCUUCUUUGAAAACCUCAGUCGUUUCAUUUGCUUGUGAUCGAGAGAACAAGUAUGAGAUCGAGGAUUACAGGACUUAACUCGAAGAAUAGUUGGCUGAAAAUAUUGAGCUCAAAAGAAUGUUAAUGGAUGAAAUCGAGAAAAAUAAAAGGAUGGGUGAUAUUGAUAAAUCAUCUCAAUUUUUAGAGUAAUAAGACAAGUUUGCAUAAAUUCUUAAUAAAAAGGACUAUGAGAUAACGAAUUUAAAUAAAUUAUUAAGACAAUUAGAAAUUGAAAACAAACUUUUACACAAGGAUGAUUAAUUAGAAUCUUCAAGAAGGGUGGAAAAGGAAAAGUAAUUAGAAAAAAAGAUUAUUGAAUAUGAACAUAAAAUAAAUUUAGUAUUAGGAGAGAAUUCAAAAUUGAAUUAAAUUUUAUAAGAAAGGAUUACUCAAAUAGAGAAGAUGAAACAUACUGUUGAUCAAUUGGAAAGAGAUAAAGUGUAGAUAGCUGAAAAGUAUGAGAUCUUGAUUGCAGAAGCUAACAAUCUGUCAUCCAGAGAGAAGUGUACUAUAGAGAAAUGUCUUAAUGCAUAGAAAAACGAAUUCUAGAAACAAUUGAAUAUUGUGAAUACUUAGAACAAUUAAAUGACUAACAUAUUGAAUUAAUAAAAGAAUUCGAUUGAAUAAUUGGAAUUACAAUUGGAGGAGAAUCAAAUUUAAUUGGAGAUGACUAAAUAAGGUUAUGAGGAACAGAUUAAGGAAAAGGAGAAGUUGAUUUAGCAAAGGGAGAAGGAGAAUUAGGACUUAAUGGUUAAAUUUAAUGAAUUGGAAAAGAAAUUAGUUUAACAAAAUCAGUAGAUUACUUUGUUGGAGCAAUAAUUAUAGACUAACAAUGAAUAGGUUGUGAUCGAAGAGAUGUAGAAGUACUUUGAGGAGUAGUAUGAUAUCAAGGAGAAAGAACUUGAAUAAUAACAUUAAAAGGAAAUCUCAAAUUUGAUGAAUCAAUUGAAUGAGAAUUAGAAUUUUAUUGAAGAAUUAUAAAACCAUCUUACUGAAAUACACAAGCAAAUUACCAAAUUCAAAUAGGAGAAGCUAACUUUGAAAUAGUAGAAUUAAGAAUUGCAAGAAUAAGUGAAACAAUUAUCAUCAGAAAUUAAACAGUAAGAAGGUCUUAGAUACUCCUAAGAAUAUAUGUUACCUCAAUUCAACAUUUCCUGUUAAAGUGCAAUGACUGAUCAGUCCUUGUGCGAAGACAGAGAAAGACAAAGCAAAUAAGGCAGACAAUUAAAUAAAAGCAAAGAUACAAUACUAUAAAAUAAAGAAAAUCAAGAAAAAAGAGAUCUCAAAUCAACUUAAUGCAUAAAUUAAUUAAAACAGCAAUCUCAAUAAAAUACUUCAUACAAGGCGUAAUUCUAAUAGAAAGUAAAGAAAAGCAAUCCUCAGAAUAAGGAUAUGUAUGCUCUCGAUACAUUUGGAAACAGAGAUAGAUCAAUUUCAUGUUUGGAUAUGAUUAACAAGGGAAUCAAGUUCAGAGAAUCCUCAGAUGAAGAGGAUCAAUCACCUAUUGCGUAGUUUAAAUAGUGGAAGUAGUAGAUGACGGUUCGUUAAUGA